CAUCUGGUGCCCAUCCAACUCUUCCUCCUUCCCCUUGGCUUUUUCUUUUCCCAAUGAGCUCCAGCGGGCUGGGGGAGGAGCGGGGGAAGGAGCAAACUUUGCCCCAGAGCUGCCGCCGCUGCCAGCCCUCUGGACUGUGAGUGCGUACAGUGGGCAUCCGCCCCAUCCUCCUUGCGGCACCAGCCUGCUCUCCGCCUGCUGCAGCCUCCCUCUCCCUUGCUCUCCUCCUCUAAAUUUCGCACAGUACGAUGUAGGGGGCUUGUCGUUAUUUUUUUUUUUAUUAUUUAUUUCUCACCGAAGAUAGCUUAAUUUUUUUGUAUUUCUAUUAUUUAUUAAUCCCUCCCAACCCUAAACCUGCCCAGCCUUCUGCCAGCUGGGCCAGAGCAUAAAGCCUGGGACUGCACCUGGGGCAAUGAGCCCUGCACUGAAGAAGCCUCCUAGAGGGAUGUGCCGGGGCCACGCAACAGACUAGAUCCAAGCCCCGAAGCUUACACCACCAGUUACCCCCUCUCCCUCAUCCCCUUCGCUCGCCUUUUCUGCACCCAAUCCCCUUGAAACCUCGGAUCAGUGCCUGCGCUGCACUCCGGAGAUCUUUGCCGGGGUGAAAAGCCCGGAGCCCAAGGAGAGACGGGGCGGCCGUGCUAGAUGCAUGGGGGAGGGCUCCGGUUAAUGCAAGUUCUGGGCUCCUGCAGGGACCCCGACAACUGUCAGCAGCAGCAGCAACUCGGGGCCUCCUCCUCUGCUUCCUCAGCGAUGCUUUUCCACAGUCUCUCCGGCUCGGAGAUGCACGGGGUCAUCGACGAGAUGGAUCGGAGAACCAAAAGCGAAGCACCGGCCAUCAGCUCGGCUAUAGACAGGGGAGAGACCGAAACGCAGACCAUGCCUUCCAUCAGCAGUGACCGGGCUGCCCUGUGCGCUGGCUGCGGGGGGAAAAUCUCCGACCGUUAUUACCUCCUGGCUGUGGAUAAACAGUGGCACAUGCGCUGCCUGAAGUGCUGUGAAUGUAAACUCAACCUGGAGUCCGAGCUCACCUGCUUCAGCAAGGACGGCAGCAUUUACUGCAAGGAAGAUUACUACAGGAGGUUUUCGGUGCAGAGAUGUGCGAGAUGUCACCUGGGGAUUUCUGCCUCCGAGAUGGUUAUGAGGGCCAGGGAUUUGGUAUAUCACUUAAAUUGCUUCACUUGCACCACAUGCAACAAGAUGCUGACCACCGGCGAUCAUUUUGGCAUGAAGGACAAUCUGGUGUACUGCCGCCUCCAUUUCGAGACUCUCAUCCAGGGGGAGUACCAGGUGCAUUUCAAUCACUCGGAUGUAGCCGCUGGGAAGGGCCCGGCAUUGGGAGCGGGCUCUGCCAAUACUUUGGGACUGCCUUAUUACAACGGCGUGGGGACUGUCCAGAAGGGGAGACCCAGGAAAAGGAAGAGUCCAGGGCCCGGGGCAGAUCUGGCAGCCUACAACGCAGCUCUAAGUUGCAAUGAAAACGAUGGUGACCACCUGGAUAGAGACCAGCAAUACCCCAGCAAUCAAAAAACAAAGCGUAUGAGGACAUCAUUCAAACACCACCAGUUGCGGACAAUGAAGUCAUACUUUGCUAUUAACCACAAUCCUGAUGCCAAGGACUUGAAACAGCUAGCUCAGAAAACUGGCCUGACCAAAAGAGUUCUUCAGGUUUGGUUUCAAAAUGCUCGAGCCAAAUUCAGACGGAACCUCUUACGUCAAGAAAACACAGGGGUGGAUAAGACUUCAGACUCAACACUCCAAGCAGGGACCCCAUCAGGUCCUGCCUCAGAAAUAUCCAAUGCCUCCAUGAGUCCAUCCAGCACUCCCACUACUUUAACGGACUUGACUAAUCCUACUAUGCCUACUGUGACAUCUGUCUUGACGUCAGUGCCCGGAAGUCUUGAGGUUCAUGAAUCUCGAAGUCCUUCACAGACAACUCUUACAAAUCUUUUCUGAUGACUCUUUCUUAAUAAUUUCUUUAAAAAAGAAAUUAUUCUUAGUUGAAAUUCCAAGUGUAUUUUAAUAGAGGCUUUGAGCAACUGACUAACCACAAUUAGGAUCUCUCCUAAAAAAACAGAAGGAAAUGUAGUGUUCUGGUAUUACGGAGUAUGGACUAAAGAAUAACUUGGAAGAUCUAUUGCAACACAACAUUUGUGUAACUGUACAGUUUUGUGGACUGAGCAAGGGAAACAGCAAUUAAUUUAAGUUGGCUAAAGCUUCUGUAUUUUCAAAGACUGCCAUGUGCCUUAUAUACCGUUUUAUCUACAUACUUUGGAUUCCAUGUCCACUUCUCUCUUUUUCUCUCUGUAUAUUUAUGACCAGGGCAAAAAUGUUAAGAGUUUGUUACUUUGAAUAGUCCUAAGCCUUUCAUUGGUUGCUUUGUUGUUUUAGAAUUUUAAGGUCGAAGUCUGUUCGAAUACCAGAAUUUGUAAAAUCUAACCAGUAAUAAAACCACUUAUGGAAACUACUUGGUAAUGGCUGCAGUUACAUUUAACAUUAGUGUCACAAUCAAGAUAGGCCGAUUGUAUUUAAAAGGAUUAGAAAACUGCACUUUGAACACAGUAUCUGCCUAGGAUAAACUCUAAAUAUGGUGUAUACAUUCCUCCUGUUCCCAAAGUAUAUAUGGGUGAGAAAUCCAGCUUGUACAACAGUCUAGAUAUCUUCAUUAUAGAGAAACAAAUAACUGUUAGUUGCAGGUAGAAGUUAUCAGAUAAUGUUAAAAUUCAAACAGAAAAAUUAUACUUAAUUUUGCUGCAUGAAGGAAACUUGACCUCAGCUAGCAUUCAUGAAAACAAUCUUGCCUUUGUGCAAGAGAUGGCUUGUCCCACUUCACGGAGGAGGCAAGUGGGGUAUCUGACAGCUGUGUGGCCACAGUCAGUCCCUUACAGAGGUGGGCACUGCGUAAUAUUUUCCCUAGGAAAAAGACAGAAGUAUUUCAGGUUAUUUUACAACACCGGUGGGCAAAGUUGAGGCAAAAUUAUGUUUUAUAAAGUCACAGCCUUACAUUUUUUGUAACGCUUUGAAGGAAUAAAAAGCCAAGGAAGACUGAUAUUGUCAAUACUAAUAAAAGUGGUUAUUCCUUUAAUGAUUCUGGACCUUUCAAUACAAUUUAAUUCCUUCUCCCCAAAAAAUCUGUGCAGAAUAUAACUCAUAUUUUAAAGUUUUUUCCUAUUGUUUUUAAGGAUGCUUUUCUGUAAUUAAGAAAUACCUCAACAAAGUUUAAAUAUGUAUAAGAAUGAGUAUACACUAUGCUGUUUGCCCAGUAGUUUUAUAGAUUUUGAGUGGUACAUAAGAUGCAUAUGGUUGUUCCUUUUCAAACCUAUUACAAUCAGUUUAUUUCGGUCAAAUGUUAGGUUGUAUGUGGCUAGCUCUCUAAAACUAAUCUGUCAUUCCCAUUGGAUCAAAAUUGCUGAAAGAUUAUUCCAAAUAAACAGCAAGAUAGGUGCCAAGGUUUGUGUUCUUUGCCCUUUUCAGUGCAUUGAAGAUGAUUCAGCAGGCCAGACUCUUUAGUAACAAUGUUUUGGGUUUAUAAGUGCUGCAUUUAUUCAGCUUUCUCAGCUGAAAAUUUGCCAUUCUUGUGCAAGCCAAAUUCCUAUCGAGAUCAGUGAGAGAUCUCAGGG